GCCCGCAGCUGCCUGCUUCUUCCCUACCUGGGAGACUCCUGGGGCCAUGUCCUCAGUUCCCAAGCCCAGGACAGCGGCCAUCCUGUCACAAUGAAUAUUGUCCUCUCCAGGGACAGCCAGGUGCGGGUGAUGGAGGACACGGUGACCCACGCCGAGAGGUACUUCGGCCAGUUCUGCGCGCUGCUGGCCUCCUACACGCGCAAGACGGCCCGGCUGCGGGACAAGGCCGACAGGCUGGUCAAGCAGCUGCUGGACUUUGCCAACACUGAGAACCCUGAGAUGCGGGCCGCCAUGAAGAACUUCGCGGAGGACCUGGCCAAGGUGCAGGACUACCGGCAGGCCGAGGUGGAGAGACUGGAGACCAAGGUCGUCAACCCCCUGAAACUGUACGGGGCACAGAUAAAGCAGACACGGGCAGAGAUCAAGAAAUUCAAACGUGUCCAGAAUAACGAGAUCAAACAGCUGGAAAAACUGGAGAAACUGAGGCAUAAGUCACCUUCAGACAGACAAAUGAUUUCCCAGGCAGAGACCAGUGUGCAAAGGGCCUCAGUCGAUGCCAGCCGCACCACCCGCCAGCUGGAGGAGACGGUGGACGCCUUCCAGAAGCAGAAGCUGAAGGACCUGCAGACAAUAUUUUUGGACUUCGUCACCAUUGAGAUGGUCUUUCAUGCCAAGGCUGUGGAGGUGUAUUCCAGUGCCUUCCAGACGCUGGAGAACUAUGACCUAGAGAGAGAUCUGGAGGACUUUAGAGCCAAGACUCGGAAUGUUUGUGGGCAGCCUGACACUGCCCGGCCACUCCGCGGCACCAGCCCACCCCCGGCUGCCCCGUGGUUUCUCGUCAGCCAGAGUGCUCAGAGCACCACGCAGAGCCAGAGGAAGGAGGAGGAGGCCAGCGAGGAUGACUCUGCUGAGGAGGACCCCGUGGAGGACCUGAGGGUACAGGGGCAGGGACUCCAUCAAUAGGAUGUCUUCUGAACAGUGGGAGAAGCGGGGUCAACACAGGACGCUUGGAGAGCUCUGCUGUGCCCCACUACACGUGUCCCCUGAGUCUCAGUUUCCUCAUCUGUACAAAAGGCUUAACACCACUCACCUCCCGGGUAGUGUUGCAGAUCAAUGUGCCUGGUGCAUAGUAGGUGUUCAAUAAAUG